GUGUGGCAACAGCUCGGUGGAUGCUGUCUCUGUAAAUCGUCUCAGCUUUAUGAGGAAUCGCUGCAGGAAUGGUUUGGGUGCAGCAAAAGACGGCGAACCUCACUACGUCGUGGUGCACUGCACGGGUUACAUAAAAGCUUGGCCCCCCGCAGGCGUUUCGCUGCCUGACGAUGACCCGGACGCCGGGCAGGGCAGCAAGUUUUGCCUGGUGGCUAUCGGCAGGCUCCCGGUCACGAGCUCGCCCAACUGCACGGACAUGAACAACGUUUGUCAGCCGACCGAGUUCAUCUCCCGACACAACACCGAGGGCAUCUUCACCUUCAUAGAUCACCGGUGCGUGGCCACGGUCGGAUACCAGCCCCAGGAACUGCUGGGGAAAGACAUUGUGGAUUUCUGCCACCCGGAAGACCAGCAGCUUUUGCGGGACAGCUUUCAGCAGGUAAAACGCUCCAGCCGGCGCUUCGAGGGCAGCGUGCGGCGUUCAG